CAAAAGCCGUCGAAUGUCAAAAAUCCACACGUGACAGACUAAACGCCACUUUGCCACUUACGUCAGUCUUUACAAAAUGGCGAACGUGCGUGAUAGCGAUACAUCUUUGUGGCUGCAUAAUAAACUCGGAAUUUCGAAUGAUUCUUGGACCGGAGGCUCAAUUUGUUCCCAAUUGAACGCCGAAGUGCUGAGGAACAUCAAGGACUGUUUUCCAGACCUUCAGACGCAAGUGAAGCUGAAAUUAUUGCUCAGUUUUUUCCAUAUCCCGCGUCGUAACUUGGAAGAGUGGAAAUCAGAGCUAGAGCAAAUCCUUGAUGUAGCAGUGCAAGACUCUGAGUUAUGGGUGGGGAUGCUGGCAGAUGCUUUGAAGACGUAUCCUUCGACAGGGUCCUUGAAUACAGAAAUAUCAGAUGUCGAUGAAGUACGGCCUAUUUUCAACGACCUAAUCACAGAUUUGAGGAAACUUGUGAGAAAGCAAAAUGACCACAGUAUCCUGCCUGUGGAGUGCCAUUAUUUAAACAAGGCUGCCUUGGUGUCAGUUGUAGGAAAUAGACCCGAACCUCUGAGACAUUUUACAAUUAAGAAGAAACCAAAAUCCGCUUUGUUAAGAGCUGACUUGCUUCAAAAAUCCUCAGAUGCUGCUUCAAAUUUGAACAAGAAAUCCAGUGCUCCAGUGAUACCAGUCAGGUCUAGAGGCAUGCCUAGAAAAAUGACUGAUACUACCCCAUUGAAAGGUAUCCCGAGCCGCGUGCCAACUUCCGGUUUUCGCUCUGGCGUCCUGAACAGCAACAUGAGCAACCGGCCCCCAAUACGUGGCCCAGCUGGUCGAAAAGAGGGUGGAGUCAAGCUACUUGACAUUGCCGAUCAACCACUCGGUUACGCCGCAGCCAAGAAGAGAAAGAAGAUGCAGGAAAUGGAAGACGCAGCGAAGAAAGCAUCGGAGACGGCGGCGAUGCAAAGUCCGCCUCCCGCAACAGGCGGCAACGCCGCAGCAGCCGCAGGUGGUGGGGGUACGACGCCGGAUUACGCGGCAGGGUUGACGGCCACGCCCACUUACGCUCCGCCUGCUACGCCGCAACCGGUCACUGCUGCUACAGCCACGCCUACAUCGACUGUCCCCGCAUCCAUACCACCCACCCCGCAACAACAAACUACAGCGACCGUCGUUUCGCUGCAACCUCAACAACAACCAGCGACAACGACGACGCCCGCUCCGCCACUGGUCGCCGCCCUGCCGCCCGCUCAACAGCAUCAGGCGACGCCCACUGCGGCCGUUGCUCCGCCCAGUUCGGUCACGCUCGUGGCCACGCCCAUUCAGGCGGCGCAACCGCAGGUGGUGCAAGUGGCGCAGCAGCAGCCGACCAAUCAGUCGCAAGUGCAGUUCGCGGCGCAGGCGGCCAUGCGGCCGGUGCCGCCGCUGUUGGCUACUACGGGGGCGGUGCAAGUGCAGCAGACGCAGAUCCAACCAGGAACACAAGUUCAACAGAUAAUCGGCACGCCAGUCGUGAUCACUCAGAGGCCAGUUCAACAGCAACAAACUGUAACGCAUAUCAGGAUUCAACCACAACCAGCCACAAAUGUUUUACAGAGAAGAGGACUCGCGCUUACGAGAGAGCAAAUGUUGGAGGCUCAGGACAUGUUCCGUACAGCGAACAAAGUGACCAGACCCGAGAAAGCGCUCAUCCUCGGUUUCAUGGCAGGAUCCAGGGAUAAUCCGUGCCCGCAUCUCGGCAACAUAGUCACCAUCAAACUGUCCGAAGAUCAGGAGAAUGUGCUUCAGCCCGACGACACCUACUUGACGAUGCUUGUGGAGACGCAUUUCCAGAUGAACUACAACAAUGGCGAGUGGAAGAGGAUCAAGAAAUACAGGCACGUCGAGAACAUGGUAGAACAGAUCACACAAAGUACACCGACAGCGGCAUUAGUUUGACAAAACGUUAUCAAACAUUAAAAUACGAUCUUCCAUAAUUUCGCCUGAAAGGUUCAGCCGCCGAAUUUUAGGAAACGAUGCUGAGAUUUGACAGUAUCAUUUUUAUUAUCUAUCUAAAAUAGCUGACGUUCUCGAAAUGUUUAGUAAAAGUGUUAUUAUCAGAGAUGAAAUAAUUUCUUUUUAAAGUAAGGUGUGAUUUUUUCGUAUUAAAUCUUAUGCGCUUUUCAUGAAAUUUGCGGUGGAAACUGAACUAUAAGAAGCAAAAAUCUAUCUAUUUUUAUAAAAAAUAACAUUUACCGGAAUUUGCAGCUUUUGCUUGUAUUUUCAAAUUUUAGCCGGUGAUUAGUGAUGAAAUCUAAGGCUACACAUUUUUGCUUCUGGUGAUGAGAUUUUAUAAUAUAUAUUGUAAAUAAACCGGCGUAUCGGUUUUAAAGACUAACAGUUUUAUCUUAAAUUAGAUUUUUUGUAUCAAAAAAUAAUUUUGACGUAAUUUUACUGGAUUUGAUCUUCAGCAUGAUAUCAUUGAUUUGUGUUUGGUGGUGACAUGAAAAUAUUUAUAUACAUAUUGAGCAAAACAAUAUUUUAUUUAUUGUUUAAGGUUUUUGUUUUUAUUUCCUAUAGGAUAUUUUGUUGUUGAUCUAUUGUGCAUAUACAUCAAAUUUUGUAUAUAUUGUUAAGCUAUUAAAAUGAUAUUUUCUAAAA